UAAAACUAACCCAAAACUGUCUUUCCCAAAUACAAAAAUUAAUGUGCAUUAUUUUGUAAACUAGGUGUUACAUAUUUUUGGUUUAUAAAUAGUUACCACGGUAUCUCUCAGCUUUGCAUACUUAAGGGGUAAGGGUGGAGUUUCGGGUUCGGUUCUAUUCGGAUUUUAAGUUUUCGGGUUUAAGGAUUUCAACCUCAUUCGGAUAUUUUUAGAUUUAGGUUCAGAUUCGGUUCGGGUUCGGAUUACCUAUUUAAAUUAUUUUUAAAAUUUUAAUAUUCAUUAUAUGUUUAAAAAAAUUCAAAAUCUAUAAAACCAAAAAUUUAUAUUACAUAUAAAUUUGAAUAAUAUAUGUACCUAAAAUUAACAUAUAAGUUGAUUUGAUUUGAAUAUUUUUGAUAGAAAAUCAACAGAUAUUUCAAGUAUUUGAUGUUUUCAAUAUAUUUUAGCUAUUCUAGACAUUUUAUUUUGACUAUUUAUAUAUAUUUUCAAGUAUCUUAGACAAUUUAAAAGUAUCUUAUAUAUUUUGGAUGUUUUUAAUAUAUAUUAAAUCUAAAAAUAAGUAAUAUAGUUAGGUAUAUAAAUCUGUUUCGGUUAUAGUCGGGUACCCGAGAUACUUCGAUUCAGAUUCGGUUUUGGUUCUUUAGAUACCAAAAUUUUGAACCUGUUCGGAUAUUUAAUCAAUUUUGGUUCGGAUUCAGUAUUACUUUUUCGGAUCGGGUUCAGUUUAGUUCUUCAGAUCUGGGUUUUUUUGUCCAGAAUGCUUAUUUUGUGAAACCUCGUGUAUGAGAAACAUGAAGAUUAUUUUUGAUCUGUUUCGAGGCGGACUGUUCGGAGUUAACUGGACAUGACUAUGAAUCAGAUGGACUGGCUAACAUUCGCGACGGAGAUCAAGAUGCUUUAGAGACUACAUAAAGACUUCGAGGAUGUGAGUUUAAUUUAUAUUCCUUGGAGUACGAAUGGUCGACGGACUCGCUAGCGAGAGAAGCAAAAAUCAAAUGCUACAUUUUGUUUCAUAUAGAUCAGACCCAAAUAGACGAAUGUGUUCUUCGGAGAGAAUCGACUUUUUUGACCACCAUUCGAUCUAGUUUAAAAUGAGCAGCUGGUAAAAAGAAAACAACCACCUUUGCCUCAAGUAACAUUCAUGUGUCUUCCUCUGUCAAGAGAAGUUUCCCUCUUCUUUCUAGUUAAGAUUGGGCAUAAAGGUUUCUAGAGCUAGGUGGUUCAUCUUCUUGAGAGAGAGUGUUUCACUAUAAAAAAGGAUCAAUAUUAGAUUUUGGUUCUAAAUUUUAAUUCUACCACAUGAAUGAUGUAUUGAGCUCAUAGCUCUACUUAUUUAGCUUAGUGUGAUAACAUUUACACUAGCUAUUUCUAGAGGAGAGAAUCCUAGUUGGUUAGUGAGAUUAUGGAUCACAAAUUCACAGGUUAUGAUGUAGGAUUUCGCCUCAGUCUCAUGUUGUUGUAUGGCCGUUAUCGCCAACUAGACCUUUACGGUUUGUCUUCGGCGAUAUUGAGCAGCAGCAUAGAAAACAUGUAACUUAAAUAUUUUCUUGAUUCUCAAUUCUAUAACCUUUGCAAGAUCCUGAAGUUGUAUUAUAACAUUUUAAUCAUUGUGAAUUUCAGAAGUUUUCAUUUGAUGAAUAAAUGCAGAACGUCGCUAGAGUUUUCCUUUACGAUUUUGUUUGUGACUGUGAAUGUUUGGAUGUUCGAUUCUAGGUUCAGUUAUUUCAACCAUGCUCCAAAGAUCCAUGUCCUCUGCGUCUUUCUUCUAUAUUAAAAAACUUUUGCUAAUAGUUAAUAUUUCUUCUUUAUUAUUUAAUUAUAUUUUUUAUACAUAUUAAAAAAAUGAUUGAAUGCAUUUAUGUUUUUAUUAAUUAUAUUUAUUUAACUAAUAAUAUUUGAAAAAAUUAUUUAUUAUAAUCUAUGUAUUUUAUAAUUAAUUUUCAGCUAAAAUAAAUAUAAAAUAUAUUAAAUUCUAAAGUAACAUUUUUUAUGUAACAAAGAAAAAGUGAAAUAACACAUUUUGAGAAACAGAAGAAAUAAUAUCUUUCGCAUAAAUUAGUCAUGUUUUGAAAUAAAUCAAAUAUUACUAGAUAUACAACAUUUUGGGCAAAGCAGUUUGGGUUGUGUCAAAGUUUUUAAAUAAAUCAAAGAUUACUAGAUAUACAAUAUUUCCAGAAGAUUACUAGAUUUACAGCGUAAAAUAAUUUCUAAUUGAAUGUAUGUUUAUGUAUUAUAAUUGUAUGUGUGUUUAAUCUUUCUCUCUUAUAGUUUUAUAACAUUAAAGCUAUCUCUUUAAUCCGUCAAUAAAUUGUCUUAUUCCAUCUUAUAAUCCUCUAAAUUAUGUUUGAUAUAAUCAGAGAAAAAAAUCACUAGGAAUACGAUUCUAUAGCCAUUGAAUGAAUGUUUACAAAUGUAUAAUUAUUUUUUGGAAACUAUAAAUUUACAAGAUAUAUAAAUGAAUGGAAAGUCUAGCAAAUGUUCCCAAAGUUAAGAUUAUAUACACAAUCUUAUUUAGGAAAGAUUAAUUAUAAUUAUCCAUUUAUAUGCUCUUCUUACUUGUAAUUUUUAAUUUCGUCUCUAGAAAUCUCCAACGAUUACAGUACAACCUUUUGUCUACCAUUUUGGAGAAAACAAAAAAAAAUACAUGGAAAAAAUUAUUGAAACCUCAAGAAAUGAAAAAAGUAGUAUUAAUUAACUUUUUCUUUGACCCGACUCUCUCUCCUCCCUCUUUUCAUGGUGUAGACCCAACUCUCUCUCUUCUAUCUAUCCCCAUCUCCAUGGAAGCAAGGAGAUGUGUUCAUUUAUUUCUGCCUCUCUCUACAGCGUUACAUGAACAGUGACUGCUUCUCUCUUUUCUGUUUUCUUCUCCCCUUUGCUUAAUUCUUCUGAGGAAGGUUAUCUCGUGAUCUUUACCGCUCAAAAAAAUCUAAACUUUCAGGUGUUAUUCUCUGUUUCAUGCUAGAUCCAAAAGGCCUUUACUUUGGCUCUUCUUACUUUAACAAGAUCUGUGUAAACUUUGAGAGAUAAAAACUCCACUUUGCAUUGAAAAAAGUUCUAAUUUUUUUGUUAGAACCAAGAGAGCUUGAAAUAGUUUUUUAUGUUACUCACACUCUUUCAUGGCAAUUUACUAAUCAAGAAUCAAUCUUUGUUCCAUGGCCUCCAACACUUCUGAAGGAUCACUUACCAACUCCAGUCAAAGUAUGUCAGUCAACACUUUAGCAGAUCAAGUAUCUUCAACUCUGUCAUUCGCUGAUCCAAGUAACGACAGCAAAACUAAUAAUAACAACAAGAGUGAGAGCGGGAAGAGUAGCACGUGUAGACCGAGCACAAGCAGUGACAUAAGCGACGAGAGCACUUGCAGCAGCUUUAGCAGCAGCAUCAACAAACCACACAAGGCCAACGAUGUCAGAUGGGAAGCGAUUCAAGCCGUUAGAACCAAACACGGCGGUUUGGGUUUGAACCAUUUUAGGCUCUUGAAGAGGUUAGGAUGUGGGGACAUAGGAACUGUUCAUCUCGCUGAGCUGAACGGGACGAGGUGUUAUUUUGCGAUGAAGGUUAUGGACAAGACAGCUUUGGCUAGCAGGAAAAAGCUUCUUAGAGCUCAGACCGAGAGAGAGAUACUUCAGUGUCUUGAUCACCCGUUUCUUCCGACGCUGUAUAGUCAUUUUGAGACAGAGAAGUUCUCUUGUUUGGUUAUGGAGUUUUGUCCUGGUGGUGAUUUGCAUACGCUGAGACAGAGACAACCAGGGAAACGCUUCACCGAGCAAGCAGCAAAGUUUUAUGUAGCAGAGGUGCUUCUUGCAAUGGAGUAUCUACACAUGCUGGGGAUCGUUUACCGUGAUCUGAAACCAGAGAACGUUCUUGUAAGAGAUGAUGGACACGUGAUGCUUUCAGACUUUGAUCUCUCCCUGAGAUGCACCGUUAGCCUCUCCAUAGUCAGAUCAACCAAUCUCGGAUCCGAAGGCUUGUCAAAGAACUCAGUUUCCUGCUCGCAACAACCCUCUUGCAUCCAGCAGCCAUCUUGCAUCUCAAUGGCUCCAACGUCUUGCUUCGGUCCUCGGUUCUUCUCAUCUAAGUCCAAGAAAGACAAGAAACCGAAAACAGAUAACAACGGGAACCACCAAGUAACGCCCUUACCGGAGCUCGUUGCAGAGCCGACAAGCGCACGUUCGAUGUCGUUUGUGGGGACGCACGAGUACUUAGCUCCGGAGAUAAUCAAAGGGGAAGGGCAUGGAAGCGCGGUUGAUUGGUGGACGUUUGGGAUAUUUCUUUACGAGCUGUUGUUUGGUAAGACACCGUUUAAAGGGUCCGGGAAUAGAGCGACGCUGUUCAACGUGGUUGGUCAGCCUUUGAGGUUCCCUGAGUCUCCGGUUGUUAGCUUUGCGGCUAGGGAUUUGAUAAGGAGUUUGCUUGUGAAGGAGCCGCAGCAUAGGUUGGCUUAUAAGCGUGGAGCCACGGAGAUUAAGCAGCAUGCUUUCUUUGAAGGAGUGAAUUGGGCUUUGGUUCGGUGUGCUAGUCCGCCUGAGAUUCCUAAACCGGUUGAGAUUGAACCGGUUAAUUAUGCUCCUCCUCCUGCUGCUGCGUCUACAAGUGUGAGAUCUGAUCAGAGCAAUUAUCUUGAGUUUGAUUUCUUCUGAAGGUAACUUGUGUACACGAUUUGAUGAUGCUCUUAUUGUUUCUUGUGCAAACUCUGCAGAAUAUGUUUUAGUGGUUUUCUUUUAACGUGUUGAACAAGUUAUAUGAGAUUUGUAUCAUACUUACCAGUAACAGUAUCAUGUGACUCUCUGGUUAAUGUGUCAACAUCAAAAUGAGUCAACUUUUUUAGCA